ACUGUGUGUCUUCUUCUCUAUUUCUUCAAAGAGAAGACAUUACUUGUGCCUCCUUCCAUCCAAUACUUGUAUUUGCUUCCAUCUGAUCUAACUAUGGCUUAUUCAGCUCCAUCCCUAUCCCUAUCCGUCUCCAAAACCCCACAACUCGCCAGAUUCUCGUUCGCUUUCUCCCCGCUAUUCUCUCGCCGCCCUAGGAUUCAGAAUCUAAGGAUGCCCACCAACAAGACGUGGUCGUCCUCUGUGGUGGUGGUGGCGGCGACGGCGGCAGAGAAGCAGCAGAAGAAGAGAUACCCGGGAGAAUCGAAAGGGUUUGUGGAGGAGAUGAGGUUUGUGGCGAUGAGACUUCACACGAGAGAGCAGGCCAAGGAAGGAGAGAAAGAGACGAAAGCUCCCGAGGAACGUCCCGUCGCUAAAUGGGAACCCACCGUUGAAGGCUACUUGAGGUUUUUGGUGGAUAGUAAGUUGGUUUAUGACACCCUUGAAGGGAUUAUUCACCAAUCCACUUUCCCUACUUAUGCUGAAUUCAAGAACACGGGGCUGGAAAGGGCAGAGAGUUUGGCAACUGAUUUGAAGUGGUUUGAAGAACAAGGAUACGAGAUUCCGGAACCAACUGAUUCUGGUAAAACAUAUGCUCAGUAUCUAAAGGAUUUAGCAGAGAAGGAUCCUCCUUCAUUCAUUUGUCACUUCUACAACAUCUACUUCGCCCACAGCGCUGGUGGCCGAAUGAUUGGAAGAAAGGUAGCCGAGAGGAUUCUGGACAAUAGAGAACUGGAGUUUUACAAAUGGGACGGCGAGCUUUCUCAGUUGUUGCAGAACGUGAGGGAGAAACUGAACAAAGUUGCCGAGGAGUGGACGAGAGAAGAAAAGAAUCAUUGUUUGGAAGAGACUGAGAAAUCGUUCAAGUAUUCUGGUGAGAUACUUCGUCUCAUUUUGUCCUGAUUUCUCUCUCUCUCUCUGUCUCUAUAAAAGAGCUUGUGGCAAAACUAAAAUCCCCUGCUCAAAGUUUUUAAAAUUCCUGUAUCAUAUUUAAACAACUCGCUUCUGCUUGUUUGUAUCAAACUCUUUAUUUGCAUAAAAGCUAUUACGACGUUGGAAGUUCAGCGUUAAUGUAUCA